CCUUCAGCAUGGCUUUGCUUUGUAGCCGCGGACGCUAACCACUCGGCUAAGGAAGGCCCCCACAACAAAAUCUUGAUCCUGAUCCCCAUCCUGAAAUGCUAUACAUAUCAAAAUAGUAGUUACCGGAAUGAACUUGACAUGUGGAAUACUGGGUCAACCUACGUAAAUUUAUUUAAUAUCGAAGGCGUUGAUACAUUGCCCUGCAAUUAAUUUGCUCUGCCGAUUGACUCAUUUGUUUGUCUGCAACCGAUUCCUGAAUAAUUAAUCAUAAUUGAUGAACCUGUAUUGCGUAACGGACAUCCAUAUGUGAACCCAUCCAAGUCAGGUCAUUCGUAGCGAUGCUCUGGUUCCAAGCGCGAAACUUUUUCGAUUCGUUCCGACCAGUCUACCUGGCCACGAAGAUUUUCCACAUACAUUUCGAAACCUUGGACUUCAAGCAGCAAACCGUUCGUCGAACGCUUCUGGAUCAAUUUCGGUUUGUUUUCACCAUGAUGGUGGACGUUUACUUCAUUUACAGGAGUAUAGUUUUGAACCUUCCGUACCUGUAUCUCACCGAAUCCGUACUGCUCAAUGUGGGAAACUACCUCAGUUUGGUAUUGCUUUCUAUGCUAACGUUCACUCUGCCGCUGUGGAAUCGGCUCAAAACCAAGGAAGUGUUUCAAAUUCUCGCCAAUAUCAACGACUGUGACCGGAAGCUUGGGAAGCUGGAAGUCGUAAUCGACCACCGGAAGCAUUACAUCAUCAGUACGGUGUAUGUGAUGUGUACGAUGUGCGCUGCAAUGAUCGGAACGUGGAAUGCCGUUUCGGUUCGGCACAACGAAGCUUGGACGAACAUCACCAUGAAGGCGCCCCAGGUGUUAACCGUGGUGGCAAUAUUCAGAAUAUCGACCAACUUCGGUUUGUUCACCUGCUACAGCAAUCUGACCUUGCUGUCGAUCAACGAACGGCUGGAUAGCUUAUAUAGCGUUAUGAUGUAAGAGUUUCUGGAUUGUCCGGAACGUGUACUCAAAUAACGUGUAGUUAUUUUAGGAAUCGCCUGUCAACAAUGGCAACUCCCCAGACCGCCACUAGUUCCGGCCUUACGUGUCAUAUCAUCCGGCAAGUUGCCAAUAUACACCAUCAGCUGAACGACACGAUUAUUCUGUUCAACCAGUGCUACGCCUUCCAAGUCUUGCACGCGACGACAAUGACGUCAUUUUUUACGGUAUUCGUCGUUUUUGGGUUCAUUCACGCCUAUGCAUCGGAGAAGAACGCCAUCACGAUGAAUGUUGCCUGGAACAACUUGCUGUACGAUGUGUUCUAUCUGGUCAUGUUCCUACAGCUGAUUGUGUCCACAAGCUUCGUCAGCAGGAAUGUAGGAUCUUUAGCGAGUUUCAUUGUCCAAUCCAGGAAUUCAUCAUUUUCGUAAAAUUUUUAGUGUAGACGAAUCUCGGUCGCUAUUCACAAAGCGAUCAGUUACGGUUAUUACAAUAAAAGGAUCUUCAGAGAAUUGAAUAGGUUUUCCCAGCAGCUUGAACACCAUGCAUCGAUAAUCAGUUGCGGUUUGUGCGAUUUCGAUUGGACGCUACUGCACACGAUUGCUGCCACUUUUACGACGUACUUGGUCAUCUUGCUGCAGUUCGAUGUAGGAAAUCUGGACUUUCAUCGACAGUAGUGGCCGUAUGGAAAGAUGUGUUUGAAAUGUGAACCAGAGAAAACAACUGCUGCAUACACAAUUACACUUCAUCGGUUGAGAAAAGUAUAUGCAUUCAUUAUUGAUUCAAAGGUCUAAAAUCGCUUCAAAUGUUGAAAAAUGCGCAGAGUAGCAGAUUUUUUUAAAAACUUAGUCACUAUUAUAAGACAAGUCUCUAAAAGAUUUGUAGUUUUGAUUUUUUGUUAACCAAAAUGAUCUCUAAAGUCCAUACAGUCGUAGCGGUAAACGCGCAGUUAUUCAGCAAGAACAAG